AUGCGUAAAGAGCUGGAUUCGAGGCCCUUCACUGCCGAUGUCCUCGCGGAUGCCACAGCAGAUUGGCGCCACUUCGGACCUAGAAUUGAGGCUCUGUCCAUCGCGACCCUGCUUGGUGUGACGGGAGCUGACGAGUCCCAACUAGGCUUUGACAUCCUUCUGGCACUGACCACGGACUCCUCGGACAAGGAGCGAAUCACCACAGUCAAGUUCGGGGAGCUGGAAUAUACGCCCAGCAAGAGGAAUGGCGUCAAGAUUGUGCGCAGAAGUGUGCUGCUGGUGGGCUACGCGACAGGAUUCCAGAUGUGGGACCUGGAAUCUGGCGCACCAAAUCUCUUGGUAUCACGACGAGAGGGACCUGUCAGGUUCCUCGAGGUGCUGCCGAUGCCACAGAGGGAGGACACGCCAAGCUCACCCCUGCACGGCAUGCGGCCUUGCCUCGCCAUAGUGCCGGUGGAGAGCGCGCAGCCUGCAUCCCCAUCCGCUGCCGGACGGGAGGGCAGCGUGGGGGUGGAUGGCUUGGAGAGCGCGGGGUCGCCAGGCCUGGUGCAGCUGUACACGCUGCGCACCCACUCUGUUGUGCGCACGCUCACCUUCACAUCGCGCGUCCUCUCCGUGCGCGCGUCCCCCCGCCUCCUCAUCGUCGCCCUCGACGCCCAGGCAGGCCCCUGUGCCCUCCAGGCCUCACGCUUCAGAACCUGUCCCCUUGCCAGCGUGAUGGCGUUUGAUGCGAGCACGCUGCAGCGCACGUUCAGCGUGGUCACCUACCCGGCGCCGUGCACGCGCCAGCUGGUCGACGGGGAACGCCCCGCGCCGGGCACUGCCGUGCCCCUCGCCCUGGGGCCCCGCUGGCUGGCCUACGCCUCCAACCAGGCGGUGUCGGGAUGCGCGGCGCCGCAGUCACUGGUGCCGGCGAGCACGCGGCCGGCGGGCGGGCGGCUGGCGGGGUACGAGUCGGUGGGCGGCUACGCGCGCGCGGCGGCCAAGACCGGCGGCAAGCACCUGCUGGGCCUGGGCGAGGCCGGCUUCAAGUACGUCUCCUCGCAGGUCGGCCAGUGGCGCUCCGGGGAGUCGCCGCGGGAGGAAGUGGGUGCCGGCUGCGGAGAUGCGGAGGUGGUGGGAACGGUGAUGGUGCGCGACGUGGUGACUCGGCAGGUCGUGGCGCACUUCCGCGCGCAUACCGCGCCGCUGCUGCUGCUGCAGUGGGACGGCUCCGGCACGCUGCUCGUCACCGCCUCUGUGCAUGGCCACAACAUCAACAUCUUCCAGGUUUCGCCGAUGCGUGGGGACGGGCGGAAUGGCUCGGGCGGCGGCGGGGCGGUGCACCUGAUGCGGCUGAUGCGCGGCCUGACGCCGGCGACCAUCCAGGACGUGGCCUUCUCAGCCUGCGGCACGCUGCUCUCCGUCUCCUCUGCCCGCGGCACCACCCACAUCUACCGCCUCGCCCUCCCCGGUGCCGCAGAGAAUCUGGCGCCGCACCUUGCGGCGGCGCUGCAGGCGGCCAGCGGCACGGCGCAGGCCAAGCCGCAGCGGCUGGGCGCCGUGGGCCGCGUGCGCCACACGGGGAUCCUCAACGGCGUCAUCCCGGGAUCCUCCGCCGCCGCAGCCGCCGUCAACCUCUACAGCGGCAGCUCCGGCACGGAUCUGGUGGCGUCGAGCUUCCUGCACCGACGCAAAGAUCCGCUGGCCGCCAAUGCCGCCCGUGGUCGCUCAGACACUGCAGGCAGCGCUGCGCUCGCUGCACUGGAAGACCUGUAUGUCGUCCACUGCGAUGGCCUGCUGCUGCGACACCGCUUGCAGUUGUCUGCAGCGCCCCACGAGAUGGCGGAUGAUGUCAUGGGAUCCAGCUAUGGCUCCACGCCAGACUCAGUGCUCUGUGCGGAGGAUGGCUUGGGGGAGGUUGCAGUGGAUGCAGAGGAGCAGUGGGACCUGUGCAGGCGCACCAUGGAGGAGGAGCUCGUGGAGCCGACGAGCAGCGGGGGAACAGCAGAGGGGGGCCCCGAGGAAGAGCGGGAGGACCGGCGCGUGUGGAUGGCGCAUGCGGAGACGGCGCUGACGUCCCCGGCUCGGCCGCACCUCUGGGCGGACGGCCAAUUCCACAUGCUGGAGAUGCAGACCUCCAAGCCCCCGCCCUCGCCCACCUCUGCCAGGAAGGUGGCAGGGGACAAGAACGGCAGCCCAGAGCCUGGCGGCGGGCCCCUGCAGUCCAGCAGCAUUCUGAAGGUGGAGGCGGUGCCCACGCGCAGGCUCAACAUGCGCUCUGCCGCAGCAUCGCCGGUGACCACCGAUGCGGCCGGGAUCGCCGUUGUACGCAAGCCCCUCCGCAUGCCAGACACACCCCGGUGA